UCCUCUCCCUCUCAACUCCGACCGCUCCUUACCCCCACGUCCCUCCCUCUCUCUCUCUCUCUCUCUCUCUACCCACAGGUCAGAGGCAGCGAUAAAUAAAUUUAAAAAAUUGAUAAAACAUAAAUAAAAAAAGGAGGAACCGUACGGAUAAUAAAGGGGAACGGCCGAUGGAUGGCGCCAAGGAAGGAGGAGGGAGCGAGGGCCAGCGGUUGCGGGGGUGGGGCCGGGGAGGUGGGGUACAGGGGAGUGAGGAAGCGGCCGUGGGGCCGGUACGCGGCUGAGAUCAGGGAUCCGGGCAAGAAGAGCCGCGUGUGGCUCGGCACCUUCGACACGGCCGAGGAGGCCGCCCGGGCCUAUGACGCCAAGGCCGUGGAGUUCCGUGGGUCCAAGGCCAAGACCAACUUCCCCCUCCCGGCCUAUGCCACCAUCGGCAUCGACCUCAACAGCCUCGUCCACUUUAAGGCUGGCGGAGGCGGGAGCAGCCCCAGCCAGAGCAGCACCGUCGAGUCGUCGGGCCAGGAGCCGCCUGCGGCGAUGGUCGAUUCCUCGCCUCUGGAUCUUAACCUCGCGUACCCUGGUACAGGCUUUGCGGUGGCGCUUGGGGGAGGUUUCGCGGGUGCAAGGGGGCCCUGGCCGAGCUGCUUUGACCCGAUGGUGAAUUCGAAAAACAUGAACGAGCAGCUAUACCAUCGGCUGAUCGCGUUUGACCGCCGUACGAAUACGAAGGCCUCAGCAGCCAGCAGUGACUCCGACUCGUCGUCAGUGGUCAAUCUGGAUGAUCAGGACCGGAAGCAGGAGCGGAGAGGCCUAGAUCUGAAUCUGGAUCUCAACCGCCCGCCACCGCCGGAAUCGACCUGAUGUUAAUUUGAUCAUGGAAACCAAACCAACAGUGAUCUCUGUUUUUCACUCUUUUUUUUUUUUGGAUUCUUUUUUUAGAGAAAUCGGAAAGACGCGGAGGAAACAGAAGAUAGUCCAGCAAAUCGUGUGAAUAGGUGGCCGGUCGGCCCUUUUUGCGGCGGAGAUGAAGGCCGGACGGGUAUCUUCUCCGCCGUUGUUAGCUUUAAUAAUCUCUUUUCCCGGUUGUAUUUCUUUUCUCUUUUACCAGUUGAUGAUGAUAUAACACGACCAGUCAUUUUCCUUUAUAAUCCAUAAUUAUCCACUGUAUUGCUUUUUAUGUUUU